GCUCAGAAUCGUUUUUCUUAUACAGUGACCCACUUGUAACCUACUGUACAGCAGAGCAACAUCCACUUACCCACCUUUUUUAUUUUUAUUUAUUUAGAGAAAGACAAAAACUUCGAAUUGAGCGUGAACGAAUUGAAAAGGAAAAAUCUGAACUAUUGCGUUUAGAGCGUGAAAAUCAACGUUUAGAACGAGAAAGAUUACAAAGAGAAAAGGAAGAGUUACGUAGAGCACAGGAGAAGUUAGAGGAAACAAAACGCCAAGCAAUACUAAAGCGUGCUAUGCCCCCAUCUCCACCACUUCCUAGUAAAAGACAUUCUUCAUCAAAUUCAUCUCGAUAUGAAGAAAGAAAAGAACCAAUUCGUAGUUCUCGUAUUCAGCCUAGUACUGAUUAUAUGAACCAAGCACCUCCACCUCCCAACAUAACAUCAUCUAGACAUCGCUAUGAACACCAUUCUUCAGAAUCCCGUCGUAUGAGGUCAUCACACCCAUCACCACCCCCUCCUCCACCACCUGCAUCAAGACCCAAAGACUCUACUGUGAACAUCUGGUAUGGUGCUCAACUAGCAACAGAUCAUCAUUACAGAAGUCGUGAUGAUCGAUCAGAUCGAAGAGAUGAAUCUCGUAGGAAAGAUUCAAGUGGUGGAAGUAGUAGCAGACAUGCUCAUGUGCCAUAUGAUUCAAACAAAAGUUCCUAUGGAAUGUCACGCAAUAGUGAAAGUAAUAGCUGGUCAUCAGCCGCAGUAAAGAAUUCUUAUGGCACAGUUGGCUCAAGCUCUGGAACCAAUACUAUGGAAAUGAGUUCGAGACCAGAUCCGUGGUCACAUAAUACUUUUCGAGAUGUGGAAUCAAGUAUUUGGCAACGUCCAAGUCAACCACUACCCGAGAAGUGGAACAGCACACCAAGCAAUCCUUCAUCUAUGCCAAUAAGUGGACGUAGUUCUAGUAGUAACGCUUUGUACAGCAAUAACCACCAAGUUAUACCAAACAUAGGGUUAAACAUGUCAACAAACUACAGUGAUAGUCGAUUUGACAGUUACAAAAUGAGUGGCAUGUCACGCAAAUAUUAAACUGUCACAAAUAUCUGGCAGUUAAUUAUAGCACACAACAUUCCUUUGUCUGUGCUCUUUGUUUUAUGUUUUGAACAGCGGGUAGAGGAAUAUGAGCCCUAAAUUGUUCUAUAUUAAUUUUUAUUAAAGUGACUUAAUUUCUUUGCACUUUAAUUUAGUUAUUCAUUUAUUAAAAGGAUUUAAUUUUUAGUUGAAUGUAAUUUUAAAGAUAUUUUACUGUAUACAUUUGUUGCUCUUGUAUACGUUCUAUAAAAAUAUAACAAACCUAACAAUUUCUCGAAUCCUAGAUUACUCAUUCCAUUUAAAUAUCAUUAAUGUAUUCACUAUUACAUCCAUUCUAUUAUUCAA